AUGGCACACUCUCACUCCCACGAUGCUGGAAUUGACCACUCCCACGAUGAUCCCUUCAAUGGCCACGGCCAUGCCCACGAUAUCCUCGAUGGUCCAGGCUCCUAUGUCAACCGCGAGAUGCCUCUGAUCGAGGGCCGGGACUGGAAGGAUCGUGCCUUCACUAUUGGUAUUGGUGGACCCGUAGGAUCCGGCAAGACAGCCCUGAUGCUAGCGCUAUCUCGCGCCCUUCGAGACGAGUAUAACAUCGCCGCCGUGACGAACGAUAUCUUCACAAGAGAAGACGCCGAGUUCCUAACCCGCCACAAAGCCCUCGCCCCAUCCCGCAUCCGCGCCAUCGAAACGGGCGGCUGUCCCCACGCCGCCGUGCGCGAAGACAUCAGCGCAAACCUCCUCGCUCUGCAAAAGCUGCAAAAGCAAUUCUCGACAGACUUGCUGCUAAUCGAGUCCGGGGGCGAUAACCUGGCGGCGAACUACUCGCGCGAGCUGGCAGAUUUCAUCGUCUACGUCAUUGACGUUGCGGGUGGUGAUAAGGUGCCUCGUAAGGGUGGACCGGGAAUUACCGGGUCUGAUCUGCUUGUUGUGAACAAGAUUGAUCUUGCUGAGGCUGUUGGGGCGGAUCUUGCUGUUAUGGAGAGGGAUGCGGCGAAGAUGAGGGAGGGGGUCCGACUGUUUUUGCGGUUGUUAAGAAUGGGAAGGGGAUGGAUCAUAUUUGCUUGGAAGGGGAGUGGGGCUUACGAUGUUAGUUUGCAGAGGUGGAAGGAUGGGGCUGUUAGGGGGUCUGGGAGUGUUGAUGAGUAG